AUGGCUGUUUGUGCUUCGGAUCCGAUCAUCAUCGUCGGCAGUGCGCAAGGCCUGUCAACAGCCCUCCAUCUAGCCCAACGAGGCUACACCAAUAUCUCAGUCUUUGCAAAGGAUGACUCCCCCAGAGAUAUAACUGUCCAACGCGCAGCCCAGGAUGCCGGUGUGCGAUUUAUUUUCGACCAGCCUGUCGAGGAAAUCGUGUACGUGAGCACACUGACCGGCAAGAAAAAUGCCGGUGUUCGCACUAGGGAUGCUCAAUUUUACCCUUCGUCUUUGGUGAUUAUUGAAACCGGUGGCGCUGAGAUCCCUGCACUGGAUCAGUUCCGUCUGCAUGACUCCUUGGCUACGCCCCUUUCGUGGUUUACCAGCAAACACACUGAAUCCCUAGUCGACUUUGUGCCUCAAGAGUCUUCGUCGGUGAUUUUAUUGUCGGGGGAUCCAAGGCAGGGUUCAAAAUUGUUUUCUUUGGUCGGAUCGCUGGUGUUGGAUCUCCUGGGCGCAACAAGUGAUCAGCAAGCUGUCAACUCCCAAAAUCUGUCGCAGAUUCUCCCACCUGCAAGUGCUAAACUAUGA